ACUGGUCAACCCAGAAUCCGUUUAUCUUGGCAACAAGAUAGAAUUCCAGAACACAUAGCAACUGUUGACAGAGAGGAUUGUUCUUCAAUGCCACAGAGACUUUGCUAAGUCUAUUGGAACCCAACGUGGCUAAGAUCCAACAUGACCUCAAUUAUUCUCAGCCAAGAAGGUCCUCCUGACCCUACUACCACAUACUCUUACAGCAGUCGACCCAAAGUUGUGCCCAUCAGAAAACGGUACCGAGCAUCCACAUUAGCCAAAGAGAGCGAAGAAGGCUCUGUUCGCUAUGGGAACCUCAUGUAUGACCGCAGAGUGGUUCGAGGCAACACAUACUCAAUUCCUACAUUACCUUGGAGUCCUGAACCAGAUCCUGCUGAGAUUCAGAGGCGACGAGAAGCUCACAGGAAAAUGCUUGCUAGAAGGCGAAUAAAGGAAGAGAGUGAAGUACAUGCUCCAGUAAUUGAAGACGCUGGAAAUCGUGUCAAUGUGCAGACAGAAUUAUACCUGGAAGAAAUUGCAGACCGCAUCAUUGAAACGGACAUAGAGUGUCAAACAGAUGCUUUUCUGAUCAGAGCACCCAGCCCUCUUUUCAUCCCAUUGAAGACUGGGGCUGAUGUAGCCACACAAAUCGAAGAAGGAGAGCUCUUUGACUUUGACGUUGAAGUCAAACCAAUGCUUGAAGUUUUGGUUGGAAAAACCAUAGAGCAAGCUUUGAUAGAAGUCUCAGAAGAAGAGGACCUGGCCAAUCUUCAGGCACACCAGUAUGCCUUUCAGGAACUCCGCAAUGCAGAGAUCGCUGAAAUGCAGCGCCUUGAAGAGCAAGAGAAAAGACGCAAGGAAGAAAAGCUUCGUCGUAUGCGGCAGCAGUUGGAAGAGCAGAAAAAGCAGUCUGAGGUUGCGGAAAGAAUUGCUGCUCGGAUAUUUGCUCUGCAGUACUUGGCAAACCUCAUUCCUUCAGUCCUGACUAAUCUUCAGAAUAAGGGAUUCUUCUACGAUGACAUCCAAAGAGAGGUUGAGGAAGAUUUCCUUCCAUACCUGAUGAACAAUGUAGAACAAAGAAUGGACAGUCGGCUUCUAGGAAGAAUCAUGACAGACUUUUGA